CCCGUUUCUUCGUCAAAAUGCUCUCGCGGACAAUUCGGAGGAGCAUUGCGUCGCCGUUGAGGCGCAAUGUCUUCGUUCCUGCAGCUCGACCUGCCUUCCGAACCGUCACCACUGAUGCGGCAUCAUCGCACGCGGACAAGGAGGCCGUUCCGAAGGAGGAUGACAAGCCCUUCGAAAUCCGCCUCUCUGACGAGAGCUUCGAGACGUAUGAGCUCGACCCGCCGCCAUACACGCUCGACACCACCAAGGCCGAGCUGAAGCAGAUGUACUACGACAUGGUCGCUGUACGGCGCAUGGAGAUGGCCGCCGACAGGCUCUACAAGGAGAAGAAGAUCCGGGGCUUCUGCCACUUGUCCACCGGCCAGGAAGCCGUCGCUGUCGGCAUCGAGCACGCCAUCGAGAAGACGGACCACCUCAUCACGGCAUACCGCUGCCACGGCUUCGCCCUGAUGCGCGGAGGUACCGUCAAGUCAAUCAUCGGGGAACUGCUCGGCCGGAGAGAGGGUAUUGCGUAUGGCAAGGGCGGGUCGAUGCAUAUGUUCGCUCCCGGUUUCUAUGGCGGCAACGGCAUCGUCGGCGCCCAGGUCCCUGUUGGCGCCGGCAUUGCCUUCGCAAACCACUACGAGAACAAGAACAGCGUCACACUUGCCCUGUACGGCGACGGCGCUUCGAACCAGGGACAAGUCUUUGAAGCCUUCAACAUGGCUAAGCUGUGGAACUUGCCUAUUAUCUUUGGCUGCGAGAACAACAAGUACGGAAUGGGUACUGCCGCAAACCGUGCCGCUGCGCUCACCGACUACUACAAGCGUGGCCAAUACAUCCCUGGCCUCAAGAUCAACGGCAUGGAUGUCCUCGCUGUGAAGGCUGCUGUCAAGUACGGCAAGGAAUGGUGUGCUCAAGGCAAAGGUCCUCUCGUCUAUGAAUAUGUCACAUACCGCUACGGAGGCCACUCCAUGUCUGAUCCUGGCACUACCUACCGAACUCGCGAAGAGAUCCAGCGCAUGCGCAGCACCAACGAUCCUAUUGCAGGAUUAAAGCAGAAACUCCUUGAUUGGGGCGUCGUCUCUGAAGACGAACUUAAGACAAUCGACAAGGAAGCCCGCUCCAACGUCGACGCUGAGGUCGCCGAAGCUGAGAAAAUGCCCCCACCAGACCCAACCCCCAAGAUUUUAUUUGAGGACAUCUACGUCCGCGGCUCGGAACCCGAGUUUCUGAGGGGGCGAAUCCCGGAGGAGAACUUCUACUACCAAGAGGCGGAUAUUGCUGGUGAGCAGAAGCCUGUUACCAGGACGUAGAGCAGCUGGAACUUCCCCAGUGGUAGCAUCGAGUUUCCGUGAGGCCGGUUGACAGCUGCUUUCGCGGUUGGAGAGGAAAUUGUAAUACUACAUAUAAUCCGUGCAACUUUACUGCAUGAUUGGGAGCGUGGAUUCUAUUCUCUGACAUAAUUUGUCAUGGAUGUCUCUUGAAUAGUGCCAAUAGACUUCUUUUUCUUGUG